ACAAGGAGCUGGAUGCCAUACUUGGGUGUGACCCCACUGCCAAUCCGAGGACCACGAUGGAGAGUUCAGAGCAGGGAGAAGUGGGGGAGGGUGUAGAGGAAGCCGACAGUGAGGCUACUGGUGUGGAGGGAGACACCCCGGAGUCCCAGGAGGCAUGCAGCCAGGAGCUCUUCUCAAGCCAGGAGGAGGCUAGCCAGUCGCAGCAGCUGGAAGUUGCUGGUGAGGAAGAAACUGAGGAGCGUGCUCGGGUGACCUUGACUAAUGCAGCCAGAUCACCGGCCUCACGUCGCUUGCAGAACUUGAGAAGAAAUCCCAGAAAAUCAAAAGAAGAAUUGAUCAAAGCAGUUAUGAAUCACUACAACAGAGAAAGUAGGAAGACACAGGAAUGGAGAGAGAAAAUGUAUGAAUGGAAAGAGAAAAUGUAUGACUGGAGGCAAACAGAAAGCAGGAGAAAGGAAUUGGCUAUCAAAAAAACCUCAAAGCAGAUGUUAAGCCUCCUGGCUCGCCAAACUGAGUCUUUCGAGUCUCUCGUAGCCAUGCAGGCAGAUAUGUACCGUGGUAACCCACAGCCCUCCCAAAGCUCUCUUUCUUGUUCCCCAGUAUUUGCACAAAACACCUUUCUCCAGCAGCCAGUUUCUUAUUACCCCCAGCUGCCCCCAACACCUGUACGAUCACCUACCAGCCCUGAUAACUAUAAUUCUUACCCUGUGCACUCCACCCCCAUUACCCUGCAGCAUAGUAAUCCUGAAGUGCAGCAGACGUUGAACACUAAUCCAAACAGGACAUAUUCAAACCUCUGAAUGUACAGUCCACCACCCUAACCCCCCUGGCCUUUUAUGUACUGUAUUUUGAAUAAAGGAUUUUAUAGCUUUUACAAUACGUUUUAUUAUUGCAGGAAGUGGUAAAUAUUGUACCCCAAGGUAGAACAAAGCACAGCAAAGGCACCAAACAUUACUGUUGGCUCUCAGCAUCAAAUUGCUCCCUUAAAGCAUCCCUAAUCCUUGAAGCCCUUUCCUGGGCCUCCCU